UUGACCUGUCGAGACUACAUUGGGUAUAAGAGAAAAUUAAUUUACACAAUGGACUCGCAUCUGGAGAAGGGCGUCGCGCCGCCCAGAGGCCGGAGGCUCCGGUUCGUGCUGCUUGCAGCCGCUUCCUUCUUGCUCCUCUCGUUUGUCGCCAUCCUUUCUCUGGGUGAUUUAGAGCUGGCUGCGUUUGGCUUUCAGCAGGCCGACGGCAAACCGGAGGCGGUCGAGGAGGAGAAGGCGGACCGGCCCCUGUUCACCGCCAAGACGCGCAACGUCCCUACCGGCGACAAGUACCUGAUCGGCGUCGGCAAGGCUGACAUUACGGGUCCGGUUGUGGAGAUCAACUUUGCUGGAUAUGCCGACAGCGCGCAGGUCGGCACGGGGCUGCGGCAACGCAUCUACGCCAGGUCCUUCAUCGUUGCCGACGUCGCCAACCCCAACGACCGCUUCGUAUACAUUGUGAUUGACACCUCUGCAGGCGACACCGCCGUACGAUAUGGUGUCCUCGACGGCCUCAAAGCUUUGGGCUCGGAGUAUGACGUCUACACCUCUUCCAACGUGGCACUGACUGGCACGCACAGCCACAGUGGACCGGGCGCCUGGUUCAACUACCUCUUGCCGCAGAUCACCAGUCUCGGAUUUAGCAAGGAGAGCUACCAGGCCAUUGUGGACGGCACAGUGCUUUCGAUCAAGAGGGCGCACGAGUCGCUGACUCCGGGCUACUUGGAUGUCGGAACGACCAAGAUCCAGGAUGGCAACGCGCAACGCAGUCUGUGGGCCUACCUGGCCAACCCAGAGGCAGAGAGGCAACAGUACGGCGACGAGACCACCGACAAAACCUUGACCCUGCUUCGGUUCCAGAGAGAGUCGGACCUCAAGAACAUUGGCGUGCUCACCUGGUAUCCGGUGCACGGCACCGCCAUGCUGCAGAAUAACACGCACGUCUCGGGCGACAACAAGGGAGUGUCUGCCGUCAUGUUCGAGAAGGCCAUGCGCGACCAGAGCACUGCCGCUCCGGGCUUCGUCGCCGGCUUCAGCCAGUCCAACGUCGGCGACACCACGCCCAACACGCUGGGCGCCUGGUGCGACGACGGGUCGGGCGACCAGUGCAAGUUGGAAGACAGCACCUGCGCGGAUGGAAAGUCACAAUCCUGCCGUGGUCGUGGCCCCCUGUUUGACAAGCUCGACUUGGGAGUGUCGAGCUGUUAUGAGAUUGGAAGGCGCCAGUAUGCCGGUGCCAGGUCUCUUUAUGACAAUCUCGACUCCACCUCGACCGCUAUCGUCGGCAAGAGCGUCAAAUCCUUCCACUUCUUCAACGACAUGUCCUUCUUCAAGUUCACCAAGUCGGAUGGUACCGAAGGCCUGGCCUGCCCGGCGUCCCUCGGCUACUCGUUUGCAGCAGGUACCACGGAUGGACCUGGUGCGUUCGACUUCACCCAAGGUGACUCGGGAGAGCCGAGUGCCAACCCCAUCUGGCGGGUCGUGUCUGGGCUGCUCAGGACUCCGACCAAGGAGCAGGUCGCCUGCCAACAACCCAAGCCUGUCCUUCUCGACGUGGGUGAGAUGACGGUCCCGUACGCGUGGACCCCCAACAUUGUGGAUAUCCAGAUGCUGCGAGUCGGUCAGUUUGUCAUCAUCGUCUCGCCCGGUGAAGCCACGACGAUGGCUGGUCGGCGCUGGCGUGACGCCGUUAAAAAGGCAGCGACGGAGAAGGGGCUGACACCGGCCGAGCCGAUCGUUGUGCUGGGUGGCCCGGCCAACACGUAUGCGCACUACAUCACAACCACGGAGGAGUACGGCAGGCAACGGUACGAGGGAGCCAGCACCCUGUAUGGUCCGCACACGCUCGAGGCCUUUGUCAACCUGACGGUCAGCAACAUGGGCUACCUGGCUCCUGGGUCGACCGGCAAGCCAGCCCCGGGCCCGGCGGCUCCCGACCACCGUCAGAACUCGCUCAGCUUCAUCACGGGCGUUGUCCAGGACGCGCCGCCGCUGGGCAGGUCGUAUGGGCAGUGCCUCACGCAGCCGACGGGAUCCUUCAGCCGGGGCAGCGUGGUCAAGGCCACCUUCCAAGGCGCAAACCCGCGCAACAACCUGCGCCUCGAGGGUACGUUUGUCGCCGUCGAGAAGCUGGCGAGCGACGGCAGCACGUGGACCACGGUCCGUGACGACUCUGACUGGUCGCUCGUCUACACGUGGAGGAGGACCAACUGGCUGCUGGGGUACUCGGAGGUGGACGUCGCCUGGGAGACGGAGGCGGACGCCGAGCCGGGCACGUACAGGUUCCGGUACAACGGCGACUCCAAGGCCUUGAUUGGUGGGAUCAUUAGGGAAUUUACUGGGACGAGCGAUAGCUUCCAGAUUGGUUGA